GACUGAGAUUUUUUAAAAGGGAAGACCUGAAAACUAAGCCCAAAGUAGAACAUGAACAUUUUUACCAACCGCUCCUCAGUGCCAAGCACUCCAAGGGCAACUGGGAAUGGGAUUGGAUUGGUUCAGACUUCAGUUACAUAUAAAAAUGGCUCAAUCUUAUUUUGUACCGGCCUUAAAUUUAAAUUUACCACAAAACCCCAGACACAUAAUCAUAAUUAAAAACUAAAGGGAUUCCCCUAAGCAGUGUUGAGGCGGUGCUUUGCCGUCAAAACAAAAUCCAAAAGGCCCUCGCCGGAAAAAUCCACCAAAGCCAACUUCUCCCAUCCAAUUUCUAUGGACGAUAGCUUUAAACUCCGAGUGGAGAAAAUCUUCGGAUCGCUCCAAUCUUCAUCUCUGCAGCAGCAGCAGCAGCGCCCCCCUCUCUGGUCCCUCACAGGCGACGAGGUCGAGAGGAGAGAAUGGAGGCGAGAAUCCUCCACCAAUCGAGAGGAUACGCUGUGUUCGUCAUUGUUUGAUGAGUUCUUGAAGGACGAAAGAAAGUACAGGAGCGGGAGGCGUAAACAACUGGAGGAUGAUCUCGAUAACGAUGGAGAUUCUAGUCAUUCGCGUGGUAGAAGAAUCGACGGUGAUGGAGAGGAGUGGGAGAUCAGAUCUUGUCUUGGAAUGGAUUCCACUCUCGACAAUGAGGAAGAGGAAGAUGAAUAUGACAAAGUGGCCUCAGGCAGAGAAAAUGCUGGUGAACGCCUUUAUAUGAGUGACAUUGCUGAUCAUGGGUCUUUUUUGAAUUCUCAUAAUGUGCUUCAUAGUGCAUUAAAUCAUACCAGUAACAAGGACCUACGGGCAAGUUGCAUGGCAGCAAGAAUCAGGCUGAAAGAAGACGAUGAAGCAGCUUGGAAGCUCAAUUAUCGUGAUAGGUCUAAUGCAGAGAUUAGGGAAUCAGAUGUCAAGGAAUCGGAUAAUGGUUCCCAAUUGAGGUCUAUAUUAAAAAGGAAAGACAACAGUAUAGGUUUCAAGCCACAAAAGCAUGUCAGGUUUGAGUCUGCUUAUAAAAAUGACUUGGAAGAGCCAUUUGAAAAGUUUGAGGAUUAUCUAACAGCCACCUUGCCAAUGAAUUUUCAAGAUUCAAAUGGUGAAUCUGUACCCGCUGAAAAUGCUCAUGCAGUUCCAGAUUAUAUACUAAAUCCUUCUAGGUAUACACGCUACAGUUUUGAUUCAUCAAAUAAAGUUGAUGAAGAAUCCAAUGCUCAAGCUUUUAUGUACUUGCUUAAGCGUGUUCCAAAUUCAAAAUCUACAGAAUCAUUGUCAGACCUGGAGGAUGCACCACGUGAUCUUCCAAAGUCGGUGACUUUUAUCCCAAAGAGGAAAUUGGGCAAUGUUAAACUAGGAAGCACUGGAGGUGAGAUCAAGGAGAAGGAAGAUGCAUGUAAGAAGUUGUUGCACCCAACACGGCUCCCUGUGGGCAUUGCGGCUGGCACAAACCAGCAUAGUAAAGAUGGUGCAGCAGAGGAUGAUGAAGCAGAAACAAGUGCAGCAGAUAGUACUGCUGUUAUCCAGAAAGGUGGUCGCAGCUAUCGAGUAAAAUCACAGCCGUAUGACUCCGAAUCCGAAUCUGAUGUAUAAUGUCGACAAGAACAGCUCUUAACCGUUCAAGGGUUUUUAAGUUUUUAUUGUUUCUUCCGAGUUUUGUGUUUUUUCCAGUGUUCAGUUAUGCAGGUUAGCAGAAUGAUGGAAAGUUAGUGUUCUGUUAUACAGGUUAGCAGAUUGAUGGUAAGUAAAUGUAUAAGCCUGCCAAAUGUUAAAUGAACAUUUUCAUUUUAAAUCUCUUUUUUAUUUCACAUGAUUUAUGUCAGUGGUCUG